CGCGCAGCAACAGUCUGGUUGCUAGAAAUCAUGAGAUUAGCCUUCAUGAGAUCAACACUCUUGAUUGGGAUGAGCUUCUAGUAGAAGCAGAUAUAAGCAACCAGCCUUCACCAACAGAAGACGAUGUGUUAUACUUCACUGAACAGCUCCAAACUGCGCCUAUGGGAUCUGCACAGCAAGGAAAUCACCAUGCACUCUACAACGGAUCAACGGAUAUACCAUCAUAUCUCGGUCUUGGGGACCCUGUUUAUCAAAAUAACAGUCCAUGUGGCGCCCGAGAAUUUUCUAGUCAGCACUUGCACUGUGUAGUAGAUCCAAAUCAACAGACAAGGGAUUCCAGUGCAGCAGUUGCUAAUGAACAGGGUGAUGCUCUGCUUAAUAACGGUUAUGGAAGUCAGGAAAGUUUUGGAAAAUGGGUACACAACUUCAUAAGUGACUCUCCUGGUUCAGUGGACGAUCCUUCCCUUGAAGCUGUAUAUACACCUGGACAGGAAUCAUCUGCUCCUCCUGCUGUAUUUCAUCCCCAGUCUAACAUACCGGAUCAAAUAUUCAACAUCACUGAUGUUUCACCUGCCUGGGCCUACUCGACAGAGAAAACAAAGAUUCUUGUAACUGGGUUCUUUCACGACAGCUUCCAACAUUUUGGAAGAUCAAACCUCUUCUGCAUUUGUGGAGAGGUGCGUGUCCCCGCAGAAUUUCUCCAGAUGGGUGUAUAUCGUUGCUUCGUUCCCCCUCAAUCUCCGGGGAUAGUGAACCUUUAUCUAAGUGCCGAUGGGAGCAAACCAAUCAGCCAGUUGUUCAGCUUCGAACACCGCUCAGUUCCAGUUAUUGAGAAAGUCGUCCCUCAAGAGGACCAGCUAUACAAGUGGGAAGAAUUUGAGUUCCAAGUCAGACUAGCUCAUCUUCUCUUCACCUCUUCGAACAAAAUCAGCGUUUUCUCUAGCAAAAUCUCACCUGAUAACCUGCUAGAGGCCAAGAAACUCGCUAGCAGGACUUCCCAUCUCUUAAACAGUUGGGCGUAUCUAAUGAAGUCAAUCCAGGCGAAUGAGGUGCCCUUUGAUCAAGCAAGGGACCAUCUCUUUGAGCUUACUCUGAAGAAUAGGCUGAAGGAGUGGCUUUUGGAGAAAGUGAUCGAAGACCGCAACACGAAGGAGUAUGACUCUAAAGGCCUUGGAGUGAUCCACCUUUGUGCUGUCCUUGGAUACACUUGGUCCAUCCUUCUCUUCUCCUGGGCAAAUAUAUCUUUAGAUUUCCGUGAUAAGCAUGGUUGGACCGCUCUUCAUUGGGCAGCAUACUACGGAAGGGAGAAAAUGGUGGCUGCUCUUCUGUCUGCCGGGGCAAGACCUAACUUGGUGACAGACCCGACUAAGGAAUACCUCGGCGGCUGCACGGCGGCUGAUAUUGCACAGCAGAAAGGCUACGAGGGUUUAGCAGCUUUUCUCGCUGAGAAAUGUCUUGUAGCACAGUUCAGGGACAUGAAAAUGGCUGGAAACAUCAGUGGUAACCUUGAGGGAAUCAAGGCAGAGACGUCAGCAAACCCAGGGCAUUCAAAUGAAGAGGAGCAGAGCCUGAAGGACACUCUGGCGGCAUACAGAACCGCUGCAGAGGCGGCUGCACGGAUCCAGGGAGCGUUCAGAGAGCAUGAGCUGAAAGUUAGGUCAAAGGCGGUUAGGUUUGCUAGCAAAGAAGAAGAGGCCAAAAACAUAAUAGCCGCGAUGAAGAUUCAGCACGCGUUUCGAAAUUACGAGACUCGUAGGAAGAUUGCAGCCGCUGCUCGGAUUCAGUACAGGUUCCAAACAUGGAAGAUGAGGCGGGAGUUUUUGAACAUGCGGAAAAAGGCAAUUAAGAUCCAGGCUGUGUUUAGGGGGUUCCAAGUGAGAAGACAGUACCAGAAGAUAACAUGGUCGGUGGGAGUUCUUGAGAAGGCGAUUCUGAGGUGGAGACUCAAGAGAAGAGGAUUCAGAGGGCUUCAGGUUAGCCAACCUGAGGCGAUGGAAGGGACUGACGUGGUGGAGGAUUUCUACAAGACAAGCCAGAAACAAGCAGAGGACAGGCUAGAGAGAUCAGUGGUUCGAGUCCAGGCCAUGUUCCGGUCCAAGAAGGCUCAGCAAGAUUACAGAAGGAUGAAACUGGCUCAUGAAGAAGCUCAGCUGGAAUAUGAUGGGAUGCAAGAGCUUGAUCACAUGGCUAUGGAGAGCUGAAUGUGUGAUAGUAAAGAUAAGUGUUGUGGAACUGUUAAAGUAAAAUUUGUGUAAAUGACAAGGGGCAAUUUCGACCUUUUCGAAGCUGUUUUCAGAAAAAGUUUCAACGGGGUAAUCAUGGUAAGAUCAAAUCCUGGAGCUGGGGAGAUUUUGCUUAGAGGCGUCUUGUCAUAUAUUCGGAAGACUGGUGGUUUCUGUAAUGCAUUAUGUAACUUUUGUUAAACAACAAUCUAAAAUAUAAUAAGAACAAAAAAAAAUGAAACGAACA